AUGCAGGCCGCCGCCGCGCGCGCACGCCGCCUCCUCGCGUCCCCGGCGGCCUCGGGGAUCCCCGGAAUACUCUCCGGACCGACCCCAGGGCGCGCAUCCUACGCCGAGGGCGUUCUCCUUCACGGUCUCGAUGGCGCCCCCGCCUCGCCGUCCUCUCCGCAUCAUGCCAGGGGCUUCUCCUCCUCCUGCUUCGCCUCCCGGUCGCCAUGUAACCUCCUAUCGCCGACCAUAGCUUCUCAAUGGUUGAGUGAGAAAUCAGUAAACUAUCACAUGACAACAGCACACUUCUCAACGGAAGCAAGUGACAAGGACCACCCUACAGAAGCUGUAGAGGAGAUGUACCAGAAAAUGUUGAAAUCUGUUGAAGCUAAGACCAUGCCUCCAAAUGCCUGGUUGUGGUCGAUGAUUGAUAGCUGCUCCAUUAAGGAGGACAUCAAACUUCUUUUUCAAAUUUUGCAGAAACUCAGAGUAUUUAGACUAUCAAAUCUUCGAAUCAGCGCAAACUUCAAUGAGAAUCUCUGCAGGAAAGUAACUGAGGCUUGUGCUCGUGUAGGCGCCAUCGACUAUGGGUUGAAGGCUUUAUGGAAGCAUAAUGUCUAUGGAAUAACACCAACAAUUGGUUCUGCUCAUUAUCUACUGCAACAUGCUAAAGAGCAAAAUGACAUCAAACUAAUGGAAAACGUAAUUCAUGUCCUAUUGAGAAAUUUCUUACUGCUGCAACCAGGCACAGCUGAUAUAGUCUUCAGCAUCUGCUAUAAUGCUGAUAGAUGGGAUUUACUCUCAAAAUACGCGGAGAGAUUUGUUAAGGCAGGUGUCAAACUGCACCGUGCUGCAUUUGACAUUUGGAUGGACUUUGCUGCCAAAGUUGGGGAUUCUCAAUCUAUUUGGAACAUUAAUAGUCUAAGAGGCAGGUCUGUCAAACAUUAUACUCUUGCAUCAGGUUUUGCAUGUGCAAAGGGGUCUCUGCUUGAUCGGAAGCCAGAAAAUGCCGCUGCCAUGAUUAAACUCCUUUACAAGCAUUUGCCUGAUCAGAAGAAACCAUUUGUGAAAGAUGAACUCGAGAAACUUAUUGCUGAAUGGCCUACGGAGGUGGUAAAAAGGCAGAAGAAAGAUAAUAGGAAGGCGUUGGAGGAAGCUUUGAUCAAGGACAUCCCUACGAUGGUCGACUGCCUGACAAAGUCCGGCCUCGACAUCCCUGUGGAUCUGGACAAGCUUGCCACCCCACAGCUCCAAGUGGUGUAG